UCAGCAAAUUUCAAUUUUAAUAAUAAAUCAAUAAUCUCGUAAAUUAAAUACUUCUUUAUAAGGCAUACUUGAGUUAUCAAAGGCAAGUAAAGAGGCAUCAUGUCGAUGUGAAAUUUGGCUUGGUGUGAAAUUGGCAUAACAUUAUUAUCAGAAUUGCCGAUACAUUGACAGUUUUAAUUCCAAUUGGCAAUGCUGUGUUCAAUUUGAAUUAUUGUAAAACUUUAUACCUUGAAUUUAAAUUUUGUGCUAUGGAAGUUUAUGAAUUUGAGAAAUGUUUACUGGAUCGUUUAGAAGAAUCCAUGACAGUGUUAUCAUGGAAAGACGAAGUUAUACCCGCCUCCCAAGUUCGCUCAGAGUGGUCAUACUAUAUUGAGCUUCAAAUCGAGCCAGCAGGUUGGCAAGCAUUGUGGAAGAUUCCACGAAUAAUAUGUGAAGAGUUAUGUGUUCGUUAUCCUACAGUUGUUUUUGGUUAUGUAGAGCAGGUUAUUUUCAAGAAUUUAAAAGCUGUAUUCAUAAUACAAGCCGUUCAAGAUGUUGAUAUUCAUUUGCCGGAGAAGCAUGAAGUUUCCUUAGAAGAUUUAUGGCCUACAAGAGACCAAGAAAACCCAGAAUUGAAUGUCGAGCGAACCGCGGAUUGCAUUGAUCGUUUAAGAUUCUUUUAUACACAUGUUUGGAUGCCUUGGGACAACGAUAAUGAUGACGACUUGAAUUGGGUAGAGAAACAUUUAGAAUCACGCAUCCGGUUUUGUUAUGAUUUGCGUAAACGAACAAUGAAAAAAACAUUGACUGCCCACGUGCGCAAGCUACUUACAGAAUCUAAAUACUUGCAACAACGACGAGAGUAUCUAGAACUUGGACUGACGGAUGAAGAUGAAGGAGAUCUCGAGGAAACUGUAAGCAAAACUGAGAUAACAGAUUUAAUGAGAUUACAUUUACGGCUAGCGAUGAUUCGCAAUGAAAUAGAAUUGCUGGAAAAUCCGGAGAUGCGGAGGAUAUUUCAAGAAAUAAAGUUUCCAGACGAAGAAUAUAAACAAGAGAAUCAAGAUGAUAUGACUGUUGAAAAAGUGUGCGAUAGAAUUUUUCUUGUAAUGAUGCCUUCCACUCUUCAACAGCAAAUAGAUUUAAUAGAGACUGCUAAGGAUAGCAUCCCCAAAAAUGCUUUGGUACAAACCGUCAAAACACUGCAGGAAGUUCUAAAUACUUGCAAUAUAUAUGGUAGCAUAUAUCUUAGCCCUGGUCGACAUACUGUAAAAUUUUUAGAAAAUAUGGUAGACGGUGGAAAAAUUUGCGGAAUAUCAAUAAAGAAACAAACCCUGUCCAAUUCGUCGGAUUACUUUAGUAAAGAAAAUAUAAUAAUAUCUUCAUCAGACGACGAAAGUACCCUCUUCGUUUUUGAUUCUUCCUUUGUUCUUGAAAACGUUGUCUUAGACUGUCGCAAUGUACAAGCAGGAAUUUUGAUAAAAAGUGGUACUGUAUGUCUCCGCAAUUGUAUUUUAGUCGGAAAUGGAAAAGCAAGUACACAACAGGGUAUUAUAUGCAAUAAAGCAGCUUCAGUCAUUCUUGAAGAAUGCACUGUUGAACGAUUUGCAACUGGUAUAUCGGUAAUGAAUGAAGCGUUGUUGCAUUUAAGAAAUUCAAACGUAUUGAAUUGUAAAAUAGGAAUCGAUUGGAGUAAUAAUUCAAAGUCUCACUUUAAUAACUCUAAAAUUAUUAAUGCAACGAUAAAUGGUAUACGAGCAGCUGCAGUUUUUAAACAUCAAAAUUCGAAAUCAAAAUGUACAAUCCUAAAUCAUUUACAAGAAUGGGAAGAAAAGUUUGAAGCAGUUCCACCAUUUGAGGGAGAUUGCGAUUUUAAAGGCUGCAAAGCUAAUGUGUUUGUUCUAAACAUGGACAAUUUGCUGUUCUCAAAAAGGACUUUAGAGACUAUGGGAUACGAAGAAAAUUUGUCCAAAAUACCUUAUAAUAAAGAUAAUGGCUCUCCAGAUAAAAUCAUGUAAAUUAUUUAAGAUUACUCAUUCACUCAAAUUAUAAUUUAUCUAUAAUAAAUAAAUAUUAAUCACACUUAAGAACUUUUUCCGA